GGCCACACAAACAAAAACACGAAAUUGCACUCUCCGCCGUAUAAUAUCCAUUCAAACAUAGCAUUUCCAUAAUCUCAUAGAUAAGAUUUUUGACAACAUUGCCACAAAACACACACCACUUCGUUUUUUCUUUGUGUUCUGUAAUGAACAUUACUCAAAACAAAGGGAAAGGUUUUUCUCUGUUUUCUAAGACUGCAUGAGUUGGACUAAACCUAACUGGUUUUCCUUCAAGUUUCACAGCUUGAAGUUUCACAAAAAACGAGGACAGCUAUGGUUAUUGCUUCGCCCACCUUUAAUCUCAUCCAUUUCACCAUUCCUUCUUCUUUCUCGCAUCAACCUUCUUCGAGAUUACGCUAUCGCUGUAAACGAUUAAACCUCAAUUACUACCCUUCUAUAUCUCACAGUCACAGAUUUGCUUGUAUAAGUUCGAGAUGUUCGAUAACAAAUACUGAUUUACAAUUGGAAUUGGAUCAUGUUAAUGAGGAUAAGAGUGAAGGUGGAGGGUGUUCAAUUGUUGAACAAGAAUGUCCUGUGCCGAUUAAAAUCAAUACCGAUAUUCUGGUGGAGAAUGAUUCUUUGAAUUUACUCUCUGAAACAGCCUUUGUAGAUACUGUCUUGACAUCCUUACCUGUUUUGUCUGAAGAGGAACAACAUGUUCUUGCAGCUACUCCUGCACACCCUGCUGGGUUAUAUGCUUUCUAUUCUAGUUGCAUUGUUGCAAAUUUUGUGGAGCAACUUUGGACUUUUGCUUGGCCUUCUGCCAUUGCCUUGAUUCAUUCAAGCCUCUUGCCAGUUGCUGUGGUCGGUUUUUUCACUAAAGUGGCUAUAAUUGUUGGUGGUCCCUUGGUUGGCAAAUUAAUGGACCAUUUACCGAGAGUUCCUGCAUAUAACUACUUAACUGUCAUUCAGGCAGCCACUCAGUUACUAUCAGCAGCUAUGAUUAUACAUGCUCAUUCCGUGCCUCCUACUUCAGUGUCUACAUUGCUUCUGCGUCCAUGGUUUGUCAUAUUGGUUUCAGCUGGGGCUAUUGAGAAGCUUUGUGGUGUGGCUUUGGGGGUUGCAAAUGAGCGUGACUGGGUUGUGCUGCUGACAGGAGUGAAUAGACCUGUCGCACUUGCACAAGCAAAUGCCAUUCUAAAUCGAAUUGAUCUCUUAUCUGAGAUAGCUGGAGCAUUGCUGUUUGGAGUCCUUCUUUCCAAAUUUCAUCCUGUAACCUGCUUAAAAGUUGCUUCUGGCUUAAUGAUCGGAUUACUGCCUGUUACAAUUAUUUUAACAUGUUUAACCAACAAGCUUUCUACUGGCGUUCUUGACCGGCCUAAACCAUCUUGCAGAUCAUUCAAUGAAGAUUCUACAUCAGAUGAUGACAGUAUAGUUGUUAAAGGUCUGGAAGCCAUCAAGCUUGGCUGGAAGGAGUAUCUAGGUCAGCCAGUCCUUCCUGCUAGUAUUGCGUGGGUGCUCCUCUACUUCAAUAUUGUUCUUACACCAGGCAGUUUGAUGACAGCAUUUUUAACACAGCAUGGCUUACAUCCAUCUAUCAUUGGAGGAUUUAGCGGAAUGUGUGCUUUUAUGGGUGUGGCAGCAACAUUCGUGUCUUCAACUCUGGUCGAGCAAUUUGGCAUUUUAAAGGCUGGGGCAGUUGGAUUGGUGUUUCAAGCUUUACUUCUCAGCAUGGCUGUUGCUGUAUAUAUGAGUGGAUCAAUAUCACAUCAGAGUCCUCUUCUCCUUUUCUUGUUUCUGAUUAUUUUGUCACGGCUAGGACACAUGUCAUAUGAUGUUGUAGGGGCGCAAAUUAUCCAAACUGGGAUCCCAUCAUCGAAAGCAAAUCUCAUCGGGACUACAGAAGUUGCUGUUGCAAGUUUGGCAGAGUCUCUAAUGCUUGGUGUUGCAAUAAUCGCAAAUGAUCCUUCUCAUUUUGGAUGUUUGGCAAUGUUGUCUCUUUUAUCAGUUGUUGGUGCAGCAUGGAUGUUCUGUAGAUGGUUAUCGAAUCCAACAGACGAACAAAAAAGCCUUUUUUCAUAUCAUCCUCAGUUUUGAUAUUUAUUGCAGUUGGUCUGUUCCAUUAGCUGCCUUGUUGCAAAGACUGUUGUUGGAUGUGGACAAGAACCAAAUAUGUUGGAAACAAUUAGCAUGGUGGAUGAUUUAUCCACCUGAAACAGAAGCCUGAGAUUUUUUUUCCAUGGCUUUGCCUGUAAUUCUUCUGUAAAUGGAUAACAUGCCUUUUAUAUUAUAUUAGUGCACAUAAUAAAUUGAGUUAGUUAGGCGUCUAGGUCUACCAUGCAUAAACGUUUUGUAAAGCAGUUAUUGUUUUUCAAAUUCUUUUCUUUAGAAAUGUAACAGCCUUGCUGCGGAAUCGCGGUGAUUCUGAUAGGGUUUAGUAAUUCAUAGGGAAAUCUCAAUUGCUCACUAUUAUUUGGAUUUGGGUGAAGGGUUCAUUACUUCAUUUUUGAGCAAAUGGAGUAGUUAUGAACGAUUUUGAUUGAAAAAAUUGGUGGGUUGGAAAAUUGAAAAUGUGAUCAUAUAUAUUAUAUGUACAUAUGUAUGGUAAGUUGUGGUGAUAUGUAUUUAUUUAUUAUUAAAACUGAAGAA